AAUGGAAAACCCUCCAAAGCUUCCAUUGAAGUUUCAAGUCCUUCUCCGUCUCCACUCGUUCGCCACCUCCAUCGGUCGUCGCCCUAACAUGACUGUCAACCGUUGCUUAACAAACCUCUUCGACCUCAAAUUCUCUCCUUCUUCUAAACCCAACAACGGCGUUUCGACUCGCGACAUCGUUUUCGACCGUGCUCGCAAUCUCUGGUUUCGUCUCUUUGUUCCGUCUUCGGUUUCUGAUGAUGUUAGUCUACCAGUUGUUGUGUACUUUCAUGGCGGCGGGUUUGUGUUUUUUUCUGCUAGUUCGAUGUCGUACGAUGAUCUUGGUCGGAGACUUGCACGUGACCUCCGUGUUGUGGUUGUGUCGGUAAAUUAUCGUCUCUCUCCCGAGCACCGGUAUCCACUUCCCUAUGAAGAUGGAUUUGAUGGUUUGAAAUUUCUCGAUGAAAUGGGCUUUGAUUCUGUCGUUUUUCCGGCGAAAGCUGAUCUUGGUCGGUGUUUUCUCGCCGGAGAUAGUGCCGGUGGCAACUUGGCCCACCACGUCGCCGUCAGAGCAGCUGGAUAUGACUUCAAGAAGGUUUGUGAUGUUGGAUGGAGUUUAAUUUUUGUGUUUUUAAUAGGUCCCAUAGUUUAAAUGCUUCAAUAUUUUCUAUAUAAUUUAGUCAAACCUUACAAUAAACUUCAUUUUUUUUUAGGUAUUUCCAAUAUUUACAGUUCUAGAUUCAAAAUCUCGGACUAUAAGCAUAUAAGAGUUGGGUUAAAUUGGAUUGGAGAAAUCUUUAUAGGUUGACCCGAAAUUUCAAGUUGAUUAGGUUGGUGACACGAACAACUGGAAUAGAUUUCACAACUUAACCCAAACCAACCCUCUAUCCGUAGGUAUUUCUUAUAUUUACGGUUAGAUAUUCAAAAUCUGGCACUAAAAAUAUACUUGAGUUGGGUUUGGUUGAUUUAGAUGGAAGAAAUCUUUAUGGGUCGACCCGAAAUUUCAAGUUGGUUGGAUUGGUGACCCGAACAACUGAAAUUGUUCAUAAUCUAACUCAAACCAACCUUCUGUUUUUAAGUAUUUCCUAUAGUUACAGUUAGAGAUUCAAAAUCUCACACUAAAAGUAUACCUGUGUUGGGUUGAAUUAGAUUGAAGAAAUCUUUAUGGGUCGACCCAAAAUUUCAAGUUGAUUGGGUUGGUGACUCGAACAACUGAAAUCGUUCACAACCUAACUCAAACCAACAUUCUGUUUUAGGUAUUUCCUAUAGUUACAGUUAGAGAUUCAAAAUCUCGUACUAAAAGUAUACUUGAGUUGGGUUGAAUUAGAUUGAAGAAAUCUUUAUGGGUCGACCUGAAGUUUCAAGUUGAUUGGGUUGGUGACCCAAACAACUGAAAAUCGUUCACCAUCGUCAAACCAACCUUCUGUUUUUAGGUAUUUCCUAUAUUUACAGUUAGAGAUUCAAAAUCUCGCACUAAAAGUAUACAUAAGUAGGGUUGAAUUAGAUUGAAGAAAUCUUGAUGGGACGACCCGAAAUUUCAAGUUCAUUGGGUUGGUGACACGAACAACUGAAAUCGUUCACAACCUAACUCAAACCAACCUUCUGUUUUAGGUAUUUCCUAUAGUUACAGUUAGAGAUUCAAAAUCUCGUACGAAAAGUAUACUUGAGUUGGGUUGAAUUAGAUUGAAGAAAUCUUUAUGGGUCGACCUGAAGUUUCAAGUUGAUUGGGUUGGUGACCCAAACAACUGAAAAUCGUUCACCAUCGUCAAAC